UGCACCAGUUUACAUGCCCACCAACAGUGCAGGAGGCUCCCUUUCCCCACACCUUCUCCAGCAGUUGUUUGUAGCGUAAAAUCCAUUCUUAACUCUGGGACCGUAAUUUGCUGAUAUAAGGGGGGUUAGGUAGACGGGGAUCAGACCAUGCAGGACAUGUAGGACAUGGUAACAAUCAGAUUGAAGCAAAGCCCCUUUCACUCUCCAAAUGUAAAGCCACCCCUCAGGGCAAUUGCAGGCCGGGGUGACAGUUCUGGGAGGCAGCUUCCUACAGCUCAUGGGAGAUCACCAGGUUUGUUUCAUUUUCCCCCAGUAUCAAGAGACGACAAGCAAAAAGGCAGAAGCGCGCGCACCCGGGCGCGCGCGCGCACACACACACACACGCGCGCGCACACACACACACAGAUACACACACAUACACACACAGAGCUAGAAAGCCAGAGAGGACGUGCCCAGGUUCACACUGACGUUUCUCCAGCAUGCACUACGGGGUUUAAAGUUGGACGCACACCUGCUCCCUGCGGGAGUGCACCUGCUGAGCCGCGCUCCGUCCUCGUCUCGCGAGAGCGGUGCCGUAGUAGUGGCCCCCACCCCCACCCGGCCACCAAAUCCCUCUCCCCGCCCCCUCGGCCCAGCCUCCGCGCUGUAGCACAGUCCCUGCCAUCUCCACCGCCCCCGGGAGCAGCCUCGGCCCGCCGUGCGCGCUUCCCCCGCGCCCCCGCCCGCCGACUGCUCGCUCGCACGCCCGCCCGGUAGUAAUUUCACUUUGCCACGCGAGCUCCGCAUCGCCUAGAAAUCCCGCCCCCCGCUCCCCCUGCAGCCGCCGGGAGUCGUCCCUUUUCCCGGCCAGGUGCGCGAGCCUGCGCGCUCCUCCUCCGCCUCCUUCAGCGGGUCCCUGGCGAGCCGGAGCCGGGGCCGGGGCCCGGCGGGGGCGGAUGCGCGCACCGCGCCUCUCCACCAACCCGCUCCGCUGCAGGUCCCUUGCUCUCCAUCCCUCGCCGGCGCUCCCUUGCCCCCCCACCCCCCUUGAUUGACAGGCAAGAUGUCGGAGUGGAGCGAGGCAGGAGCGAAUGCAGCAGCCGUCACCCCCGGAGCCCGGCGGCGGCAGCAGCAGCAGCGCGACGACGAGCCAGCAACCAGCCGCAGUCGCCGCCGCAGCCGCGGGAGCAAUGCAGACAGCAUCUUGAGAACGCGCUAAAGCACCACAAACGGUGGACAAUGCCGUGUCACUGCAACUGGGAGGGGGGCAAACCAGAUUUUUUUUGACAUAAAAGCCAGCCAGCCAAAAAUAUAUAAUUUUGUCCUUCACGGAGCCGGUGUGUAAAGAGUGAGCGCUGUUUUCCUUCUCUCCUUCCUCCUCUCCCUCCCCCUCCUCCUCUUUUUCCUCCUCCUCCUCCCUAAGUGUACAGACAGCAUCACAUCACCUGGUUUGCUUCUGAGAAACAGCAUCUCUCCUUUUCAGGGACCAGAGACUCAGAGAGAGGAGACGUUCUAAUGAAGUCUGCUUGAUACCCCAAAAUAAAAUAAUAAAUUGUGGCUCUUGUCCCCUCCUCCCACCCCCACCCCCUCAACCCUGUGUGAGAUGUUGGGUUUCUUCUUCAUGAGACAUUGUUGAGAAGUCGCAGUGGUUGGAGAGGCGUAGGGGGCAGACUACCUCUGCUCCCCCCACACCCCCCUUUUUUCUCUCCGGGAGGAGGAGGAGGGGAAGGGGGCUUGCAGAGCAAGCAAUGGAUGAGGAAAACAUGACGAAAAGCGAGGAGCAGCAGCCUCUGAGUUUGCAAAAAGCCUUACAGCAGUGCGAGUUGGUCCAAAACAUGAUAGACCUGAGCAUCUCCAACCUGGAAGGGCUUAGGACCAAAUGUGCUACUUCCAACGACCUCACACAAAAAGAAAUCCGGACCCUGGAGAGCAAGCUGGUGAAGUACUUCAGCCGGCAGCUGUCCUGCAAAAAGAAGGUAGCCCUGCAGGAACGCAAUGCCGAGCUGGACGGCUUCCCCCAGCUCCGGCACUGGUUCCGGAUCGUCGACGUGCGGAAGGAAGUCCUGGAGGAGAUCACCCCGGGCCAGCUGAGUCUGGAGGACCUCUUGGAGAUGACGGACGAGCAGGUGUGUGAGACCGUGGAGAAAUACGGGGCCAACCGGGAGGAGUGUGCCCGCCUCAAUGCCUCCCUCUCCUGCCUACGGAACGUCCACAUGUCAGGAGGCAACCUUUCCAAACAAGACUGGACCAUCCAGUGGCCCACCACGGAGACGGGGAAGGAGAACAACCCCGUGUGCCCCCCGGAGCCGACCCCGUGGAUCCGCACCCACCUCUCCCAGAGCCCCAGGGUCCAGUCCAAGUGCGUCCAGCACUACUGUCACGCCAGCCCCAGCCCGGGGCCCCCCGUGUACACCCACGUGGACAGGCUCACUGUGGACGCCUACCCGGGCCUGUGCCCGCCCCUGCCACUGGAGUCGGGCCACCGGUCCCUGCCUCCGUCGCCCCGGCAGCGGCACACGGUCCGCACCCCGCCGCGCACCCCCAACAUCGUCACCACCGUGACCCCGCCCGGCACGCCACCCAUGAGGAGGAAGAACAAGCUGAAGCCCCCGGGGACCCCGCCGCCCUCCUCCCGGAAGCUGAUCCACCUGAUCCCGGGUUUCACGGCCCUGCAUCGGAGCAAGUCCCACGAGUUCCAGCUGGGUCACCGCGUAGACGAGGCCCACACGCCCAAAGCCAAGAAGAAAAGCAAGCCGUUGAACCUCAAGAUCCACAGCAGCGUGGGCAGCUGUGAGAACAUCCCCUCCCAGCAGCGCUCCCCGCUGCUGUCCGAGCGCUCGCUCCGCUCCUUCUUUGUGGGACACGCGCCCUUCCUGCCCUCCACCCCUCCUGUCCACUCCGAGGCCAACUUCUCCUCAAACACACUGUCAGUGCCACGCUGGUCCCCACAGAUCCCUCGCAGAGACCUCGGCAACUCCAUCAAGCACAGGUUUUCCACGAAGUACUGGAUGUCUCAGACAUGCACAGUCUGUGGGAAGGGGAUGCUUUUUGGCCUCAAGUGUAAAAACUGCAAGUUAAAGUGCCACAACAAAUGCACCAAAGAAGCCCCACCCUGUCAUCUCCUGAUCAUCCAGCGAGGGGAUCCAGCAAGGUUAGUCCGGACAGAGUCCGUUCCGUGUGACAUCAACAACCCUCUACGAAAGCCACCCCGGUAUUCGGACCUGCACAUCAGCCAGACGCUCCCUAAAACCAACAAAAUCAACAAGGACCACAUCCCUGUUCCUUACCAGCCAGACUCUAGCAGCAAUCCCUCGUCCACAACGUCCUCCACGCCCUCCUCGCCAGCGCCCCCGCUCCCUCCCAGUGCCACGCCGCCUUCUCCCCUACACCCUUCUCCGCAGUGCACAAGGCAGCAGAAGAACCUCAACCUGCCAGCGUCCCACUACUACAAAUACAGGCAGCAGUUCAUUUUCCCAGAUGUGGUGCCGGUGCCGGUGCCAGAGACGCCGACCCGGGCGCCCCAGGUCAUCCUGCAUCCGGUGACCUCGAAUCCAAUCUUGGAAGGAAAUCCAUUACUUCAAAUUGAAGUGGAGCCAACCUCAGAGAACGAGGAGGGUCACGACGAGGCCGAGGAGUCGGAGGAUGACUUUGAGGAGAUGAACCUGUCCCUGCUCUCGGCCCGGAGCUUCCCGCGCAAGGCCAGCCAGACCAGCAUCUUCCUUCAGGAGUGGGACAUCCCCUUUGAGCAGCUGGAGAUCGGCGAGCUCAUCGGGAAGGGCCGCUUCGGGCAGGUGUACCACGGCCGCUGGCACGGGGAGGUGGCCAUCCGGCUGAUCGACACUGAGAGGGAUAAUGAAGACCAGCUCAAGGCCUUCAAGCGGGAGGUGAUGGCCUACAGGCAGACACGGCACGAGAACGUGGUGCUCUUCAUGGGCGCCUGCAUGAGCCCGCCCCGCCUGGCCAUCAUCACCAGCCUCUGUAAGGGCCGGACACUCUAUUCUGUGGUCAGGGAUGCCAAGAUCGUCUUGGAUGUCAACAAAACGAGGCAGAUUGCCCAAGAAAUUGUGAAGGGCAUGGGCUACCUCCACGCCAAGGGAAUCCUGCACAAGGACCUCAAGUCCAAGAACGUCUUCUACGACAACGGCAAAGUGGUGAUCACAGACUUCGGGCUCUUCAGCAUUUCCGGGGUGCUGCAGGCUGGCAGGCGUGAUGACAAGCUGCGUAUCCAGAGCGGCUGGCUGUGCCACUUGGCCCCGGAGAUCAUCCGCCAGCUGUCUCCCGACACAGAGGAAGACAAGCUCCCCUUCUCCAAACACUCGGACGUCUUUGCGCUUGGGACAAUCUGGUAUGAACUCCAUGCCAGAGAGUGGCCUUUCAAGACCCAACCAGCAGAGGCAAUAAUCUGGCAAAUGGGCACGGGCAUGAAACCCAACCUCAGCCAGAUUGGCAUGGGAAAAGAAAUCUCGGACAUUCUUCUCUUCUGCUGGGCCUUUGAACAAGAAGAGAGACCUACCUUUACCAAGCUUAUGGACAUGCUGGAGAGACUGCCAAAGCGAAACCGCCGCCUGUCUCACCCUGGACAUUUCUGGAAGUCUGCAGAGUAAGUGUUCCCCCUUAGCAUC